AUGUUUGGUGACCCUCAUUUGGUAACUCUUGAUGGUUAUAACUAUACCUUUAAUGGACAUGGAGAAUUUACACUUGUUGAAUCAACAGACAAAUUAUUAACAGUUCAGGUCCGAUUGACUGAGCCACCAAUCAAGACUAGCAAUGAAAGCAAUACCACACUUGCUGUUGGAGGAACUGUUAUUACUGCAAUAGCUGCAAGGCACAAAGAAUCAGACACUGUACAAUUUGAAGUGGCUGAUGAUGAACUGAUAGCACUUGUAAAUGGAGAUAUUAUCAACUUUUCUUCACUCUCAGAGUAUCAGUAUCACAAUCUUACCAUUAUAAAGAGGGACAAUACAACACUAACUGCAACACUAAGUGAUCAACUCACUUUUACUGUAAAAGAAAGGAAUGGUAUGCUGUCUGAUAUAUCUGUAGCUCUCUCUCAUAUUUAUUAUGGUAAAACAUAUGGUCUUCUUGGUCAAUAUAAUGGUAAAUUUAACGAUGAUCUAUAUCCAAAAGAUGGAGAAUAUCAUAUUUCUAUUAAUUCAUCAAUUGAAGUUAUUCAUAAAGAAUUUGGAUUAACAUGGAUUAUUGAUAAACCUGUUGAUAGCAUCUUUACAUACAGUCAGUUUGGUGGUUGGAAUACUUACUACAAACCAGACUAUACUCCAUUAUUUGAAGCUAAAUUUGAUGAUUUAGAGCUAGAAGAAGAGGCAUUACAAUUAUGGAUCAUUGUGUAG